AUGGUGGUCCAUAUUUUGGGUAAGGCCUUCAAAGGUAAAGAGGUGAUAAGAAUUGCGUUGGCAUCUAAAUUCUAUGGUGUUGGUAAGUCAACAGCUGAGAGACUAUGCUCUAAGCUUGGAUUUUAUCCUUGGAUGAGAAUGCAUCAGUUAUCUGAACCACAGAUAUUAAAUAUAACUAGUGAACUAUCUAAUAUGACAAUUGAGGGUGACGCUAGAGCUAUAGUUAGGGAGAACAUUGCUUUGAAGAAGAAGAUCGGCUCAUAUGAAGGUAUGAGGCAUGCGUUAGGAUUACCUGUUAGAGGUCAACGUACUAGAAAUAACGCAAAGACGGCUAGAAAGAUAAAUCGAAUAGGUGUAAGGGCAUUCCACACUGCCCAGUAA